UUAGGGUACAGCAUGCAGCAAGUGCCCUCUCUUCAGAGCUUAAUGGCUGUUGAGGGAAAGAUAAAUUCAUUUAUCCAUUGCUUUGUGGAAACUUGGACAAUUGCCUCAUUGUAUGAUCUGGAAAGAGCAAUCUGUGAAAAUGAGGGCAUUGAACGAUUUGAAGAGCUUGCACUGGGCCCUUUUUUGCGACAUCCCCUUGUUACUCAAUACUUUUCCCUGAACAGUGAUGUGACUGAAGUGUUCAAGAUAACAAGUGGGCAGAUUGUAUGGUACCUUGGUAAAUUCUUAUCUGAACACAAUAGUAGAGAAGGUGUUGAGAUUGGGGACCUCCUCAGCUUUAUAGCCAAAGAAAAAUCAGUCUCAGAAGUGGAAAAGCUUGGAGUACGAAUUCAGAGCUUGGGGUGUCAUAUAUCGUUUAUCUUACAUGCAAAGCGAUCGGAAGCGACAUGCUUGAGGAGAUAUCUGAACUUAAGUUCUGAUGAUGAAGACGAUGAUGACUUGUUAAAUGAAUAUAAUAAACCCGAUGAUGAUUGUAAUCGAGACGAAAAAUCAGGCCAAGACAUGCUCGUUCAUGUGUCUGUAAGCUCACAGAGGUUUGAGAGCGAAAAUCUCACUCAUGCAGAAUGGCUUAAAAGAGACAUGGAAGAGCGGGACAAAUUUCUGAUGGAUCGAACCAAUUUCACAAAAAAAGGUAGAAAAAAGAAAGGUGCUAGACUGGUUCUGGAGACUAGUGCUAUGAGGAUUUUCAUGAAAGAUUGGAAGGAAGCCUGUCGAGCGUGCUCUCUUCCCAUGGUAAGUUCAUGGUUUUCAUUCCUUGACAUCAUUGAUGCCAUUAAGUAAUGAGGUCUCAUCUACAAUCCAUUCCUAGCUAUUUGGUGUUUGACUAUUGAGCAUCUCUUCAAAUGAACAAUGGUAAUAUUCAAUUGCUUCCACUAUGAAUUUUUUGGGUUGAAUUCAUACAACCACUCUACUAUUUUACAUUGAUAAUCCCU